AUGCACCCUGCGAAGUUUUUUUUUUUUUUUUCUUUCUUUCUUUUCUUUUCUCUCUCUCUCUCUCUCUCUCUCUCUCUCUCUCUCUCUCUCUCUCUCUCUCUCUCUUUACUUCUUAUCCGGUCCCGACAACUCUCUUAUAUCCGGGUUACACUGUAUAUUAUUUUCGCUUUCAUUUGUUUUUUCAUUCAUUCAUUAAUCAUUUGUUACUUCCUUCAUGCCCUCCGUUUUUUCUUCACUCCGUCCGACAUUACUUCACUAUUCUUUCCUCUCUUGUUUUCCAUCUUUCCCCCUACUUUACUUUCAUGCUGCACAUAUCCUUUCUAUUUUCUUUUCCUCUUUUGCAUACUCCCUCCUUCAUUCUCGCUAUUUCAUUUAUUCUUUAUUUCACCUUUUCCCAAAUUCAUUCCCCACUUCCUAACAUCUAUCCUUUAUUUAUUUAUCCUUUCCAUCUUUCUAUUCUUCAUUUAUUCCCGCCUGCAUCUUUCCAUUCUUCAUUUAUAUUCUUACUCGGUAUUUUCUCCUUUCUACAAUCCUUCCUUCCUUCCUUCCUUCCUUCCUUCCUUCCUUCCUUCUCCUGCUUUUACCACCGACUUCACUCAUUUCCUCCCUCACUUCCUUCCUUCCUUCCUUUCUUUCUUCCUUCGUUCCUUUCCAAAUUCAUUCCCACCUCACUCCCUCACUUCUUUACUUCCUUCCUUCUUUUCUUUCCAACUUCAUUACCACAUCUAUACAUCACUUUCUAACUCCCUUCCUUCCUCCCUUCCUUUCUUUCCAAUUUCAUUACCACCUCCUUCCUUUUCUUCCUCACUCAUUUCGUUCCUUCUUUCCAAAUUAAUUACUACCUCCCUCCCUCAUUUCCACCCCUCAUCUCACUUCUUCUUUUCUUCUUCUUUCCAACUUCAUUACCUCCUUCCUCCCUCACUUCCUUCUUUGCUUUUUUCUUUUCAUUCUAACAUCACUACUUUCUCCUUCCUUACUUCUUUUCUUUCUAACUUUAUUACGGCAUCCCUCACUCACUUUCUUCCAUCUAUCCUUCCUUCCUCUUUUUUUCCAACUUCAUUAUCACCCACAUCACUCACUUCUUCCCUCACUUCCAUCCUCCCUACUUUCCUUCCUUCCUUCUUUCCAUCCUUCCUUCUUUUCUUUCUAAAUUUAUUCCGACCUCACUCGCUCACUUACUCAAUCACUCAUUUUCUUCCUUCCUUUCUUUCUACAUUUUUCCAACUUCAUUUCCACCUUCCUCCCUCAAUUCUUUCUUUUGCUUCUUUCCUUUUUUUUUUGUUCCAUUUUCAUCACCACUUCCCUCGCUUCCUUCCUUCCUUCUUUUCUUUCCACCUUCAUUAUUUUCUCCUUCCUUCCUUCCGUCCUUCCUUCCUACCUUCCUUCCUUCCUACCUUCCUUCCUUCCUACCUUCCUUCUUUCCUUUUUUACAACUUCAUUACCCUCUCCCUCACUCACUUCUUCCAUUCCUUCCCCCUUCCCUUCCUUCUUUUCGUUCCAACCUCAUACAACUUUCCUCUCUCACUACUUUCCUCCCUUCUUUUCUUUUCAACAUCAUCCCCCAACUCCCUCCAUCCCUUCCUUCGUCAGUUCCUUCCUUCCUUCCUUCCUUCCUUCCUUCCUUCCUUCCUUCCUUCCUUCCUUCCUUCCUUUCCGACGCCAUUACUACCUCUCUUCUUCAAUUCUUCCCUCAAUUCCUUCUUUCUUUUCUUUCAAUCUUCCUUACCUCCUCACUCCUUCACUUCCUUCCUUUCUUCCUUCUUUUAUUUCUAA